AUGCCGGACUUCGCCUGGCCUUCGGGAGGAGAGCCGGUCGACCCGGCGGCGCCGUCACGGGACGAGCAACCCAUCCCACCGCCGCCAGUCGAGCAGCCCGCGGCGUCGUCACAGUCGCCCCCGUCCGCGGCGCUGCCGGCAGCACAGCCCAUCGCGCCGUCGGGGACGAUCAAACGGGACACGAAGCAGCAAAUCCUCGCCACCAUCCCGCCGGACGCCGCGGUGACGUCCCAACCUUUCAUCACGUCGCCGUCGGGGAACUUCGUUGGGUGCCUUCUCCGCCGGACCAAGGCUCCGGGUGCCGCAGGAUUCGGCAACGACUUCUGCUACAUCCAGGUGCAGGACACGAGCACCGGCGCGAGCGUGUGGGAGUCGGAGUGCGCGCCGGCGAGCACCGCCAACGCUUGCAGCGUCGUCUUCACCGACGCCGGGCUGGAGGUGUUCGACGGCAGCCGGCCGGCGUGGGACGCGGGGGUCGACGCCGAUCACCUGGAGACGCUGGAGCUGGUCGAUGAGGGCGACAUGAGGAUCAGAACCCAGGGCGGCGAGCUUGCUUGGAGGGCCAGCGACCGGCCGCUGGCGAACCAGCAGUGCGGGCUGGCGACGGGAGAGCCUUCGUUCGCCGCUCCCAUUGGCGGCAACACCAAUCAGCCUUUCGGACAGCCCUCACAUGGCACCUCGUCACAGCAGGGAAACGACGGCCAGCAGCCCCUCGUCGACAAUAACCCCUUCGACAGUGCUUCUUCCCCCCGGAUUCGCCAUGGCUGGCUUACCUUCGCUUCGGCUCUCGUCCUCGUGGCAGCCCAUGGUUUCCCCCUCUGA